AUGUCAGAAAGUGGUGCAAAAGCAGGCGCCACUGAAGAAAAUAAUAGAAUUGACCCAAAGGACACACUAUUUGCAAAAUUUGUUUCAGGUCAAAUCCAAGUACCAAAAGUUUACGAGGAUGAAUAUUGUAUUGCAAUCAAUGAUAUUAACCCACAAGCACCAGUACAUAUUUUAGUUAUCCCAAAACUUGCCGUUGGUGGUGUUAGUGAUGUUGCCAAUGUUGAUCUUGAAAAAUACAAAGAAGCCAUGGGUCAUAUCAUGUCAAAAAUUCAUCAUAUCGCUUCUCUUAAAGGUGCUGAUUCUUACAGAUUGGUCAUUAAUGAUGGUGUUUUAGGUCAACAAUCUGUUAGAUGGUUACAUAUUCAUAUCCUUGGUGGUAGACAAAUGAAUUGGCCACCAGGCUAA